UCCCCUGCUAGGCGCUGCGCUGCGCUUCGCUGAAUAAAAAGGCGUCGCCCUUCUCCAUUUCACUCCCCCACCCGCACUCCACAAACUCAAACGGCUGCGUCAGCGAUCGCAGGCGACGCGACGGGUGGCGAAGAAGCGAGAUCGGAAUUCCACCUUUUUUUUUUCCUUCUCUCCGCUCCUCCAUCGUAUGUAACGAAACCCUCGCCGCCCCCUUCCCCCGCCGUAGUUUCUACUUCUUCCAGGGUUUUAAUCUUAACGCGAGUCCCGAAGUUCGUAGGCCGGAGCAAUGGCCACCGAGAAGGAAUUGGUGGACGAUAUUAGGGACGUCGGGAAGCAGCUCGAAUCUCCUCCUGCCGACGUCGACGAUCUCCUCACCCUGCUGGACCAAACUGAGCAACUCUUAAUGAGAGUCCAUCAAGCACCAAGUCAGUCAAUUAUAGACGUGCUUCAUCCUGCAAUGAGUUUGUUGGUCGACAAGAGACUUUUGAGGCAUCCAAAUGAAGAUGUGAAAGCGAUAGUUGCUUCAUGUACAAAUGAAAUUAUGAGAAUCACUGCACCUGAUGCUCCAUAUAAUGAUGAUUUAAUGAAGGAAGUGUUCGGGAACAUAGUUGACACACUUGACAAAUUGGAUGACAUAUCUAAUGACUCAUUCUUUAAGAGGGUUUCUAUUCUUGACACCUUUGCCAAAGUUCGAUCAUUUAUUGUGAUGUUGGAUCUUGAAUGUGAUGCUCUGGUUUUGAAUAUGUUCCGCAUUUUCCUUAGAACAAUUCGGCCAAAUCAUAGUGAGGGCAUCUUUUCUUCCAUGGAAACCAUUAUGACAGUUUUAUUGGAAGAAAGUGAUUACAUCUCAGAAGGACUUCUCUUCUGCCUUUUGGAUGUUGUUAAAAUUGAUAAUAAAAACACAUUACCAAUUGCUCACAAGCUCGCAGAAAGAGUAAUCACAGCAUGUGCCUCAAAACUAAAACCAUAUUUAGGGAAAUUUGUUAAGCCAAGGGUUUGCUUAAAAGAUUACAGCAAAGUUGUUGCUUCCAUAAUCGAAGGAAAUUAUGAUUUUGGAGGGCAAAAUGCCGUAAAUUCUGCCAAUGUUAAGGAACUAGCAAAUACAAAGAGAGAGGACCCAGAUGGAACAAAACCAAAAAUGCUGGCAGCUGCAAAGCGUAAGAUUGUUGGGGAAGUUUCAUCUGUAAAGCAGAACUCAGAGAAAGAUGUUGCAGGAGAGACUAGGAAGAAGAUAAGAAAACUGGAUGAGAGAUUAGUUGGUGAUAGAAUUCAAGUAUGGUGGCCGGAUGAUCAGCAGUUUUACACUGGCACGAUUAAGGAGUAUGAUCACGUCACUAAAAAACAUAAGGUCUUAUAUGAUGAUGGGGACGUGGAGAUACUUUUGCUCAAGGAAGAGCGUUGGAUGUUUGCCAGUGAAAUAAGAACAUCUCCAACGUGUGAUUUUGCAGAUGAUGCAAAAGAUGCUAUUGAUGCUUCUUUGGACAACAAAGCAGUAAACACAAAAUCAAAUUCUACAGCUGGAGAAACAAAUGUUGAGGCAGUGAUCAAGAGUACUGUUGCCAGUUCUGAACUGCCAAAGCGAAAAGGCCGACCGCCUAAAGUUGGAAGGUCUAUCCAAUCUAAGUUGAUGGAAGAUGUUUCUCCCAAGGUUGAACAGAAGCCUUUGUUCAAGGAUAUGCAUGAACCUAGAAGCAAAGUCACUGAACUUGGCUUCACUGAACAGAAGCCUUUGUUCAAUGAUGAGGACAUACUGAGAAGUAAACAGAAUGAAUCCACUAAACUGGAUCAAAAACCAAAGGAUAUACCUUCCCUGAAUGCAAGCGGUGGAGAACCAAAGACGAGUUUGAAUCCCCAAAAACAGAACAGCUAAGAUUGGAGAAAUGGAGGCAUCUCCUGCAAAGAAGAGCUUGGCUCCAUCAGGGAAAGCAGAAAGCGAAGAGAACUGCAAGGCGGAAGGGCAUACUUUAAGAGUUAAGAUUUCAAAUUUUAUAAUCAUUUUGGUCACUGAACUUGUUUCAGGCUGUCUGGUUUAUUCGUCUCUAUCAAAUUACUCCAAGGAGUUGUAGCAUCAGAUGAUUUUUAAUCUGAUUGGUUUUUGUUGUUUUUAUUCA